AUGUGCCAAUUGGAGUUUCCCGACCCUUUUUCCGGGUUUUCAGUUCGGCCUUCCGGGGAAGGGGAGUUCCGGAAGGUUGGAGGGGGCGACCGGGAGCGGCUGGGUCCCCGGCGGCGCGCCCCUCGGCCGGGCCGGGAGUCGCGCCAGUCGGUGCCCCCGGCCGAGCGCGGUCCGCCUCCCUCUCAGCGAUCUUCCGUCCGGAGUGUGGCCAGCGGGCAUGCCCGAUCCACUAGGGGCGCCGCCGCCCGUGCUCGCAGGCCGCGGGUGAAGAAAGUGUGGCCUUGCUCGGCUCGGAGCGAAGAGGUGACCCAAAGCAAAGAGGUGGCCCGGAGCGAAGAGGUGACCCAGAGCGAAGAGGUGACCUGGAGCGAAGAGGUGAUCCGGAGCGAAGAGGUAGUCCGAAGCGAAGAAGUGUCCUGGAGCGAAGAGGUGGCCCAAAGCGAAGAGGUGGUCCGGAGCGAAGAGGUGGCCCAAAGCGAAGAGGUGGCCAGGAGCGAGGAAAUGGCGGCAGGCGGCCUCAGCGUGACCGUCACCCACAGCAAUGAGAAGCACGAUCUUCAUGUUACCCCACAACAGGGCUGGAGUGAGCCAAUUGUCCAAGACCUGGCCCAGCUUGUUGAAGAAGCCACUGGGGUCCCACUGCCUUUUCAGAAACUUAUAUUUAAGGGAAAAUCUCUAAAGGAAAUGGAGAAGCCAUUGUCAGCACUUGGCAUACAAAAUGGCUGCCGUGUCAUGUUAAUUGGGAAGAAGAACAAUCCAGAGGAAGAGGUUGAACUAAAGAAGUUGAAAGAUUUGGAGAAGUCUGUGGAGAAGAUAGCUGACCAACUGGAAGAGCUGAAUAAAGAGCUUACGGGAAUCCAGCAGGGUUUUCUGGCCAAGGAUUUGCAAGCUGAAGCUCUCUGCAAACUCGAUAGGAGAGUAAAAGCCAUGAUUGAGCAAUUUAUGAAGAUACUGGAAGAGAUCGACACACUGAUUCUACCAGAAAAUUUCAAAGACAGUCGACUGAAAAGGAAGGGUUUGGUGAAAAGGGUUCAGGCAUUCCUAGCCAAGUGCGACACCGUGGAACAGAACAUCUGCCAGGAGACAGAGCGACUGCGGUCCACAAACUUAGCUCUCGCCGAGUGAGGUGAGGCAGAGAGAGUAUGUGCUGCCUUGAAGAACAGUACCACCACCUCUGUCCUCUCUGGAAUAGAAGUGUCCGGAUUUCUCCAGGGCCGCUGGGGACAAUUGACCGAUUGCCAGUUUUCUUGCUCCUCUACCUGUUUUCAGUGAACAAGUAUUGUCUGCAAUCUUCAGUAGAGCUCCUGUCUGUUUUCUCUUCUGUCUCUGUAUGACUGUGCUGUCCCACAGCCCACUUUGUCUGGAGAGGGCCUCCCCUGCCCAAGUCUUCCUCAGCGCUUUUGACCUUUGGGUGCUUUCUUUGGGCUGGAGAGACCUCUCAUUCGGGUUUAUAGGCCACCCCCAUCUUCGGAUACAUGAGGCUCUUCUGCCCUUGUGAUUCUGUAGCCUCUAGAUGUAACCCAGAAUCACCAGGAGGUUACAUCUAGUCAGGAAUGUUGGGAGUAGCUCAGAACAGGUGUUUGGCACGUUGGGGUAGUCCAGACAUCCCUUGUCGUAACCUAAUUCUGGCACAACUGGCUGGGUUGUUGGUUCACAGACCCUGACCUCACCUCCCAGUGACCCUGCCCAGCCACAGGCCCUGAGAUCUCAGAGGCCCAUUCCUGGGUGGGGCUUGUAUUGAUGCUUGGACUUCCUUGUCCUCAGGUAAAUCUCUAGAAGGUUAAGGCUAGUUUUGACUGAAUCUCUGCUUGAAACCAGGCCACAAGUAUGGCUUAGUGGGGGCAGAGAGAAGAGUCACAGUGAGGCAGGUGGUGAAGGCAACCGGAAACUUCCUCAGGAGUUCCUUCAAAGGCAUUUCUGUUUCACUGUACCCUUCUGAGGUCAAGGCUGCUCCUAUUUUUUUUGUGGCCUUUGCCCCCUACAUUGUUACUUUUUUUUAAAAAGCAGUUGAUGUACAUAUCAGCAAGCAAAAGAAUAUUUCAACUUUUUUUGAUGAAGUAUGAGAAGCAAAAGCCUUGUACGGUUCUAGCUGUAAUUUAUGUUUAAUAAGGUUGAGAACUGUGUAUGCUAGAACUCUUAACUGGGUCGGCUGCUGUCACCCCAGUUUUUCCCACAAUUCCCAGGAGACAGGCUUCCAACAGGCCAUUCUGAGGCUGACCUUAUGUGGUGGAGAGAGAGUCACAGAAGCCCCAGGAAUUUAGGACUGCACAGGCGGGGCCUAGGACAAGGCGGUGGCUGUGGGGACAAGUGGAUGAGGCUCUGCCCUGUCCAGCCCACCCACCUCACACUUUAAUCAACAACUGAAUCUUUGUUUGUAUACUGUAGCCAUGUAGCCCUGUGGCGUGGGGCCAAACUGGGUAAUGAGAAGUCCCUGUGCGCCAGGGGCUGUUCUGAGUUUUUCAGGUGUAGUUAGUCAUUUAAUCCUCACACAUUCUAGGAGGCAGAUGGAUACUCUCCCCCAUGUUAGAGGUGAGGAAACAGAGAGCUCAGUUAAUUUCUCAAGGUCACAAAUGGCAAGGCCAGGAUACCGAGCUAGGUGAUUUGAUUCGGGGUCCACGCUCUUAAUCUCCACUGUACUGACUCCUUACAAUAUGGGCUUUCUCCCUCCCUCUCAUCUUCUCUCUUCCUCUCUCUCUCUCUCUCUCUCUCCCAUGUUGGUCUCUACUUCUCUGGCUCUCUGCAGAGCAGCAUGAGUGGUCAUAAAGUACAGAUCUUACCGUGUCAGUCCCCGUAGGAUAAAGGCCAAGGCCCUACCCGGUAUGCUGUUCCUGUCGUCUCGGGCCACACUCCUGUUUGCUGUUUGCUCGUGGGCACUGCAGUCUCCAGAUCCUCUGUGCCCUCUCCUGCCUUGGGGUCUUUGCACACGCUGUUCCUCCAUUUGGACAGGUCCUCACCAUCUCUCCCCAUCACUAUGCCUUUCCUAGGUAACCGAACAUUUCUUGAACUUAAAUCAAAUGUCUCUUCCAUGGAGAAACCUCACCUACUGUCCAAGAACAUAUCAAAUCUCCAGGCAAUAUCAUUUCCCAGUUUGCUAUAGCUUUUCUUUAUGAUAAAUAGCAUGAUAAACCAUGAUGAUUUAGUUGUGGGACUAUUUGGUUAAUAUUUACCUUUAACCCUAGACUCUCGAAGUUCCUUGCGUUAAGGAGCGUCUUUGUCUUGUGAACAGCAUAUUUCAAGCACAUUGUCUAUUUAUAAUGGGUGCUCAAUAAAUAUUUGGAGAAUGAA